CUUGCUUGCGUCUGCCUUUGGGACUCCUAGCAACCGUUCAUGCACCUGCAAAUGACAGAGGAGGGAGGGCAGGAUUUAGCGGGGGGGCUUCGCCGCCGGCUAGCAACGAAUGCAUGAUUCAUGAGCACGGCACACCGGCAGCCGGAGCGCUUGGCCAAGCAAGUGACGCUGGAAGUCCCUGUGCGCGCUAAAGCACAACGAAGGCGCACACGCAGCAGCAGCUUCUGCAGGCCUGGGCGGUUGCAAGACAUAGCCUGACAGCAUCAUGGCCACCACCUUGCUUUGUAGUAUGUUCCUUCUGCUGGCCAUCAGGCUAGCUUUGACUUCUAGUCACAAUCCUAGGACACCAGACAGAGUUUCUGAAGCUGAUAUUCAAAGACUUCUGCAUGGGGUUAUGGAGCAACUGGGCAUUGCCAGACCCCGUGUUGAGUACCCUGCACACCAAGCAAUGAAUCUGGUUGGUCCACAGAACAUUGAAGGUGGUGCACAUGAAGGUUUGCAGCACCUGGGCCCAUAUGGAAAUAUACCAAACAUUGUUGCUGAAUUAACUGGUGACAAUAUACCUAAGGAUUUCAGUGAAGAUCAGGGAUAUCCUGAUCCUCCAAAUCCUUGUCCAGUUGGAAAAACAGUUGGUGACGGAUGCCUUGAAAACACACCAGACACAGCUCAAUUCAGCAAAGAAUACCAACUUCACCAACACCUGUUUGAUCCAGAACAUGACUAUCCCAGCAUGGGCAAAUGGAAUAAGAAUUUACUAUUUGAGAAAAUGAAGGGUGGACCGAAAAGAAAGAAAAGGAGUGUGAAUCCAUACCUUCAAGGACAGAGACUGGACAAUGUUGUAGCAAAAAAAUCUGUUCCACAUUUUUCAGAUGAAGACAAAGAGACCGAGUAAACACUGAGACUGCAAAUUGUUCUUCUAUAUAAUUACUGCUUCAAAUUCUUAUUUAGCUGCUGCAUGUUUAUUACUUACAUAAUUACCACUAAAAAGCAACUGCAUUUAAUACUUCUGUUUUCUGAAUAAAUGAAAACCCAGUUCUGCUUUCUGUUAUGUUAUGGCAAUAAUUCCCUGUUGUUGUUUUUGCUUUAGUCCCAGGACAAGCUUUAAAAUUAAUCAUUUUAAUAUCCAAUGCGAGUUUAAUGGCUUUAAGAAGAAGCAUGUAAAGAGAACAUGAUUUUAACAUUUUUAGUCAUUGUGCUUAUUUACAUGAUGUAAUGUUUGAUGUUUGAGAACAAUAGUUUCUUAUCAAAUUCUGUUCACAGGUAAUAGCCCAACCCACCAUAGAUGUCUAGAUUCUUGUUGUUUAUUUUAAUAAACACUGAAAGCAAUCUUCAGUAUUUGCAUGGAGAUGUAAAUGUGUUUUAGAAGAUUUUUGAGAAAACAGCUUGUAAUAGUUACUAUGUCAGACUUUAAAACUUGAAAGCUGUGAAUGGAGUCUACAGAGUAAAGCAUUGGUUACUGUUUUUAUCUGCUCUCAGAAUUGACACCCUUAUUCAAAAUAGUGGUUGGGAAUAAAAAGCAUUAAAACUCUAAAAAA